GCCCCACUUCUCUGUCCUCAGAGUAGCCACUGAAGCCUCGCUGGUUGCACUGCGCAGAAAACCAAUAGCACCAAACUGGCAAGUUACGGUUCAUCAACCUUAAACUGCAAACAUUCUGUGUUUGAAAGGCGUAACUAUGUUUUUCCUUUGUGACCACGGUGCGCAAAGGCUUUUUACUGUCGCUAAAACUCACUGACAGUUUUUUGGCCGGUUUUGAUUUUUUUCCCCUGAAGUGAACAAAGUGGACGGAGUCGCCCGUGGAGUGGGGUGCGACUGCCAGAGUGCGGGAGAGCGAUAAAGGGUUAAGAACGGAAGGUGGAAAGUGCGUCUCAGCAUGGAUGAGAAUGAGCAGAGCGCAAGAGACGUGGAACAGCGAGGAGCGUCGGACGAGUCCAACAGUGCCAUACGACCCCUUCUGCAAGCUCCAGGAAACCUGCAGCUGCCCCACCGAAUCACAAACUUCUUCAUCGACAACAUCCUGCGACCAGAUUUUGGCCGUAAGAAAGAAGCAAAUAUCACGCGCUAUGAGGAUAAUCACGGCGCACGAGAGAAUCACAACCCUACGGGUCCUAGCACGGGACAGGUGGGAAGUACUGUACCGGUGGAAGGAGCUUCCACAACGAAUACGAGCAGCGAAGGAAAGGAGGCAGAGACAGAGAGCGAAGAACCCCUGAAGCCCCGCGGGGAGAAUGUGGAUCAGUGCUUGGGUUCAGAAUCGGAUAGUUCACAGAGCAAUUCAAACGGACAGACUGGUCAGGGUAUGCUGUGGCCCGCUUGGGUUUACUGCACACGCUACUCGGACAGGCCGUCGUCAGGUCCCAGGUCUCGUAAACCAAAGAAGAAAGCCGCAAGUAAAGAAGACAAACGACCACGCACGGCCUUCACGGCGGAGCAGCUUCAGAGACUCAAGGCCGAGUUCCAGACCAACCGCUACCUGACCGAGCAGCGGCGGCAGAGUCUGGCGCAGGAACUGGGCCUCAACGAAUCUCAGAUUAAAAUCUGGUUCCAAAACAAGCGGGCCAAAAUCAAAAAGGCCAGCGGCGUCAAGAACGGUCUGGCAAUACACCUGAUGGCACAGGGACUGUACAACCACAGCACCACGUCAAAGGAGGACAAAUCAGACAGUGACUGAGGCAGAGAGA